GUCCUCCAGGGGUCACGAAUCUGGCAGGACCCCCAGGACCCCGAAGCCGCCCAAUGGCAGGCUCACACCCUAUUUCUAAUCCUCCCAUGCGGGGCACACUGAUAUCGGGGGCACGGCCACCCCAGGGCACAGGAGGGUCAUGGGCUUUCCCGCCAAAGUUACUGACUGUGAAGUCGGAGGUGGACUUUUCAUCUGGGUGACUUGUAGGGUCUGGGAGUCACAGCCUCGCCCCAGGCAGCUCAGCUGAGCCCCCCUAGCCACAGGGGUCCCGUUCCUUAGCCCCAUUUCCAGUGACAAUCCAGGCCUCGGGGCCUGCUCCACUCUGUCCCACCCAGGCCCUGGGCUCUGUGGACCAAAUGCCCUGGCUCAGGGGCUCCCCCAGCCUAGCCAGUCCCUGUUCCUCUGACAGCUGAAGAGGGCCCAGCCUCCACCCGCGCCCACCGCUCCGCCCCUCUCUGCAGCCUCCCUGGGUCCUGUCUGAGCAGGCCUGCCUGGCGAGCUGGGACAUGUCUGGCCCCCGAGGACCGUCGGUGGGCGAUGGCUGCAGCAGUGGAGGGGCUGGAGGCGGAGGCAGCGGCGGCUGCUGCAGAGGAUGCUGCUGGCGAUGCUGCCGAGGCUGUGGAUGCAGGGCCUGGGGCAGACGCUCUCCUGGCUGGGAACCGGCUGAGCUUGGACUUGCAGCCCCGGGGCUGUCGCCGGCUGCUGUGCCUGUGUGCCCGGCUGUCCUCGCAGCUACUGCAGGUGGAGUUCUUGCGGCUGAGCACCCACGAGGACUCUGGACUGCUGGAGACUACCCUGGCCCGUGUGCCUCGAAGCCUGCCACACCUCCGCUCCCUGGUCCUGAAAGGAGGGCAGCGCCGGGAUACGCUGGGCGCCUGUCUCCGGGGCACCCUGACCACGCUGCCUGCUGGCCUGAGUGGCCUAGCCCGCCUGGCCCACUUGGACCUGAGCUUCAACAGCCUCGAGACGCUGCCAGCCUGUGACCCGCAGAUGCACCGGCUAGACGCCCUCCUGCUGUCUCACAACUGCUUGUCAGAGCUACCUGAGGCCCUGGGGACCCUGCCCGCCCUUACCUUCCUCACAGCGAAACACAACCGCCUGCAGACGCUGCCCACGGCCCUGGGGGCCCUCUCUACCCUGCAGCGCCUCGACCUCUCUGAGAACCUUCUAGACACUCUACCCUCGGAAAUCGGAGGCCUGAGCAACCUCAUUGAGCUCAAUCUGGCCUCCAACCGACUGCAGAGCCUCCCGGCCUCCCUUGCGGGGCUGCGGUCUGUGCGGCUUCUUAUUCUGCACAGCAACCUUCUGACCUCCGUGCCUGCUGGCCUCGCUCACCUCCCGCUGCUCGCCCGCCUCGACCUCAGGGACAACCAGCUCCGGGACGUGCCCUCCGAGCUGUUGGACGCCCCCUUUGUGCGCCUGCAGGGGAACCCCCUGGGCGAGGCUCUGCCAGAACCCCAGAGUCCCCUAGAGACACCCCUGGCUCUAGAAAUGCCCAGACUAUUCCUGACCUCCGACUGGGACAGCUUCCCUGUGACCUCCCGAGGCUGCUCUGUGAGCCUGGCCUGCGGUGCCCGACUGCGGUUUCCAGCAGGGGCGACCACUACUCCCAUCACCGUCCACUACCGACUGUGGCUGCCGGAGCCCGGCCUCGUCUCUCUGGGGCCUCACGAUACCCUGCUCAGCUGUGUCCUGGAGCUACAGCCCCACGGGGUGGCCUUCCAGCAGGAUGUGGGCCUGGGGCUGCUCUUUGUCCCCCCACGGGCCCGGCGUUGCCGUGAAGUGGUCAUCAGGACCCGGAGCGACAACAACUGGAGUGAUCUGGAGACCUACCUGGAGGAACAGGUGCCCAAGCGGUUGUGGGCUCACUGCCGAGUGAGACACUUCUCCUGGUUCCAUGUGGUUUCACGCCCCGUGUCAAAUACCUGCCUGGUGCUACCAGAGGGGACACUGCUGUACUCCUCGGGUCAUCCUGGGGUCAAGGUCACUUUCCCCCCUGGGGCCACCGAGGAGCCUCUUCGUGUUUCCAUGCAGGUGGUGCGCAUGGCCAGCCGGGAGCUACGAGCCCUCCUGGAGGAGCCGGAGGCCGCAGUGAGCCCCUUGCUGUGCCUCUCCAAGAGUGGCCCCGGCUUCCUCCGACCAGUCACUGUGCAGCUGCCUCUGCCCCCUGGCGUCACAGGCCUCAGUCUGGACCGCUCCCGUCUGCACCUGCUGCACCGGGCCCCUCCCUCAGCCACCUGGGACGACAUCACGGCUCAGGUAGCACUGGAGCUCAGCCACGUGUACGCUCGCUUUCAGGUCACACACUUCUCCUGGUACUGGCUCUGGUACACCACAAAGACCUGUGUGGGGGGCCUGGCGCGCAGAGCCUGGGAGCGGCCGCGGCUGCACCGCGUGAACCUCAUCGCCCUGCAGCGGCGCCGAGACCCGGAGCAGGUCCUGCUGCAGUGUCUGCCCCGAAACAAGGUGGACGCCACCCUGCGGCGCCUGCUGGAUCGGUACCGAGGCCCUGAGCCUUCUGACACCGUGGACAUGUUUGAGGGCGAGAAGUUCUUUGCGGCCUUCGAGCGGGGCAUUGACGUGGAUGCUGACCGCCCAGACUGUGUGGAAGGCAGAAUCUGCUUUGUUUUCUACUCACACCUGAAGAAUGUGAAGGAGGUUUACGUGACCACCACCCUGGACCGGGAGGCCCAGGCCGUGCGGGGCCAGGUGUCCUUCUACCGGGGCACGGUGCCCAUGGAGGUGCCCGAAGAGGCCGAGGCUGCCCGGCGGAGGAAGGACGUCGAUGCCCUGUGGAUGGCUACCCUGCCCAUCAAGCUACAGAGAUUGCGAGGGUCUGAGGGGCAAGGGCAAGGGGCUGGGCUCUCCCUGGCCCCUCUGAACCUGGGCGAUGCAGAGACCGGUUUCCUGACUCAGAGCAACCUGCUGAGUGUGGCCUCACGCCUGGGUCCCGACUGGCCUGCUGUGGCGCUGCACCUGGGCGUGCCCUAUCGCGAGCUGCAGCGCAUCCGGCAUGAGUUCAGGGACGACCUGGAUGGGCAGAUCCGCCAUAUGCUCUUCUCCUGGGCCGAGCGCCAGGCCCGGCAGCCAGGGGCGGUGGAGCUCCUGGUGAGGGCCCUGGAGCAGAGUGACCGGCAGGAUGUGGCCGACGAGGUGCGGGCAGUCCUGGAGCUUGGCCGCCGCAAGUACCAGGAUGGCAUCCGGCGCUCCGGCCUGGCCUCCGAGGACCCUGCUCUGUCAGGCUCUUCAGCCUCACAGUCCCCGGAAACCGGAACCGCGUAGGCCCUGCUGCGGCGUGGCCAGGACUGUCCACACCCUCCCUGUGCUGGGCAGUGUUGUGCAACAAACCUGCAGGGUUCCAUCUGCCUUCUCUGAGCCGGGCUUAUUUAUUAGUUUGCUACAGGCCGUGUGCACGUCCUGGCGACAGGGAGAGAGUGAGGAACCCCCCAUGGCCACGUCGCUAUUCCUUCUCCAUUCACCUCAGCAUUUCAGGAUUUGGGGCACGCUUGUACACAUGCACACCUGGACCAAGUGAUGGUGGCUGUCCCCUAGAAAGUCCCUGAAGGUGGAGCGCUGCCCCUCCCCCUUGGUCC